AUGGCGGCAUCCUCAUCAUCCUCCGGGACAAUCGACCUGGAGCAAGGCGGCUCCGGAAUCUCAAAGAGGCUGACGCUCACCUUUCGCGACCUCACAGUCAACGUCACUGCCGCCGAUGCCGCGCUUGGUCAGACGUUGCUGUCGGUUGUUGAUCCGCGACAGCUUGUGGAUUACUUUGGGAGAGGAGAGAAGCCGAAGAGGACAAUUCUCAAUGGCUUGACUGGCCAAGUCCGACCAGGGGAGAUGUUACUCGUCCUCGGCCGCCCAGGCUCAGGCUGUACAUCAUUCCUCCGCGUUCUCUCCAACGACCGCGCCUCAUUCGACGAAGUCACCGGCGAAACAUGGUACGGAAGCAUGGACCACAAAGCAGCCAAGAGAUACCGCCAGCAGAUUAUGUUCAACACCGAAGACGACGUGCAUUUCCCCACACUGACCGUCAACCGGACGAUGAAGUUUGCGCUGCGGAACAAGAUACCCCGCGAGAGAGACGAGGGUCUAAACGAGAAGGGCUUCGUGCAGCGCGAGCGAGACAAUAUCCUUGACUCGCUGGGUAUCCCGCACACGAAGAAAACCCUAGUAGGCAAUGAGUUCGUCCGCGGUGUCUCAGGUGGCGAGAGGAAGCGCGUCUCGUUGGCGGAGGUGAUGGCCGGACAGAGCCCCGUGCAGUUCUGGGAUAACCCUACGCGCGGUCUUGACUCGAAAACGGCCGCCGAGUUCGCGAGGAUGAUUCGGCGGGAGGCGGACGAGAAUGGGAAGACGAUGGUUUGCACGACCUACCAGGCUGGAAACGACAUCUACGACAAGUUCGAUAAAGUUCUUGUUCUUGCUGAUGGACUGGUUGUCUACUAUGGUCCUCGGAGUCAGGCUCGCAGCUACUUCGAGGAUCUGGGCUUUGUGUUUCCCAAGGGCGCGAAUGUUGCCGAUUUCUUGACUUCCGUCACGGUUCUUACCGAGCGCAUUGUUGCGCCUGGUAUGGAGGGAACGGUGCCUAAUACGCCCCAGGAAUUCGAAGCUCGCUAUAGGGAGAGUAAGAUCUACCGAGACGCGCUUGACGCGAUCGUUCCUCCUGAAAAGCUGGUUUCCGAAGAGGAGGAUCUUGCUACUGCUGUUGCUCGCGAGAAGAGGAAAGGCCAUAUUCCCCGGCCUCAGAGUGUGUAUACCACCGGUUUGUGGGAUCAGAUCGUUGCGUGCAUGAUCCGACAAUUCCAAAUUAUGGCCGGAGACAAGCUCUCCCUAAUAAUCAAGCUCGUGUCAUCCAUCCUCCAAGCCCUGGUCUGCGGAAGUCUGUUCUACGACCUGAAGAUGGACAGCUCUUCCAUCUUCCUUCGCCCUGGUGUCCUCUUCUUCCCGUGUCUCUACUACCUCCUCGAGUCCAUGUCCGAAACAACAAGUUCCUUCAUGGGACGUCCGAUCUUCUCGCGCCACAAGCGCUUUGGCUUCUACCGACCAACCGCGUUCUGCAUCGCGAACGCGAUCACGGAUAUCCCUAUCACGAUUGUCCAGGUCUCCUGCUUCUCGCUGAUCCUCUACUUCAUGAGCUCGCUGCAGAUGGACGCCGGAAAGUUCUUCACCUUCUGGCUCAUCAUCAUCACGAACACGCUGUGCUGUAUGCAGAUGUUCCGUGCGGUCGGAGCGCUGUGCAAGAGAUUUGGAUUGGCGUCGCAGCUAACAGGACUCAUUUCUACCAUCGGCUUUGUGUACGGAGGCUACCUAAUCCCCUUCUCCAAAAUGCACCCCUGGUUCCGCUGGAUCUUCUACCUAAACCCGUGCUCGUACGCCUUCGAGGCCAUCAUGGCCAACGAGUUCAGCGGCCUCGAACUCCAAUGCAUCGCACCAAACUACAUCCCCUACGGACCCGGGUACUCCGACGCUGCGUCGUCCAACCGCGGCUGCUCCGUCCCAGGAAGCGACGGCGACAUGAUCUCCGGCGCAGCCUACAUCCGCGAACAGUACAGCUACUCCUCCGGGCAUAUCUGGAGGAGCUUCGGCGUCCUCGUAGGCUUCUGGGCGUUUUUCAUCUUCUUGACCGCGGUCGGGUUCGAGAAGCUGAAUAGCUCGGGCGGUUCAUCGGUCUUGCUUUACAAACGGGGUAGCAACCCAGGUGUGAAGAAGGAGCUGGAGCGUUCAGACGCGGCGAGCAAGGAGAUGGCGCUCGCGCAGUCGGGGAAGCAAUCUACCUUCACCUGGAACAAGCUUGACUACCAUGUUCCGUUCCAUGGGGAGAAAAAGCAGCUGCUUGAUCAGGUAUUCGGGUUCGUCAAGCCGGGGAAUUUGGUCGCGCUUAUGGGGUGCUCGGGGGCUGGAAAGACGACGCUCUUGGAUGUGCUUGCUCAGCGGAAAGACAGCGGUGAAGUCCGCGGGUCUAUCCUGAUCGACGGCCGACCUCAAGGUAUCAGUUUCCAGAGACUGACUGGGUACUGCGAGCAAAUGGAUGUCCAUGAGGGGACGGCAACUGUCCGCGAAGCUCUGGUCUUCUCUGCGUUCCUUCGUCAGCCUUCACAUGUCUCGGAGGAGGAGAAGCUGGCUUAUGUUGACCAUAUCAUUGAUCUGCUUGAGCUGUACGAUAUCCGGGAUGCACUUAUUGGAGUCCCCGGCGCUGGUCUGAGUAUUGAGCAACGAAAACGCGUUACUUUGGGUGUUGAGCUCGUUGCUAAGCCGACGCUGCUGUUCUUGGAUGAGCCUACUUCUGGUCUUGAUGGUCAAUCGGCUUACAACAUUAUUCGGUUCCUACGAAAACUCGUCGACGGAGGUCAAGCCGUGCUUUGCACUAUCCACCAACCUUCUGCUGUUUUGUUUGACGCUUUCGACUCUCUUCUCCUGUUGGCCAAGGGUGGAAAGAUGGCGUACUUUGGCGAGACCGGUAAGGAUUCUGACAAGGUGCUCGGCUACUUUGCGCAGAACGGCGCCCCCUGCCCGCCCGAGACAAACCCCGCGGAGCACAUCGUCGAGGUGAUCCAGGGUGUCGGUGACAAGAGGAUUGACUGGGUGGACGUCUGGAACAAGAGCCCUGAGCGGGAACGUGCUAUCGCAGAACUGGAGGAAUUGAACCGGUUCCACCAGGCACAUCCCGGGGAAGAAGACACGGCCAGCUUUGCAACGUCGAAAUGGUACCAGUUCCGCAUGGUGCUGCACCGGCUUAUGAUCAAGCUGUGGAGAGAACCCGACUAUAUGUGGAACAAAAUCAUUCUUCAUAUCUUUGCUGGUUUGUUCUCCGGGUUUACGUUCUGGAAAAUGGGCAAUGGCACGUUUGACUUGCAGCUUCGGUUGUUCGCUAUCUUUAACUUCAUCUUCGUCGCCCCCGGCUGCAUCAACCAAAUGCAGCCCUUCUUCCUGCAGAACCGCGAUAUCUUCGAGACAAGAGAGAAGAAGUCCAAGACGUACCACUGGCUCGCCUUCAUCGCCGCCCAAACAGCCUCUGAGAUCCCCUACCUAAUCAUCUGCGCCACCCUCUACUUCGCCUGCUGGUACUUCACAGCCGGCUUCCCCGUGGAAGCGCGGAUCUCCGGCCAAUUCUAUCUCCAAAUGAUCUUCUACGAAUUCCUCUACACCUCGAUCGGCCAAGCAAUCGCCGCCUACGCGCCAAACGAGUACUUCGCCGCAAUCAUGAACCCGAUCGUCAUCGGCGCCGGCAUGAUCGCCUUCUGCGGCGUCGUCGUCCCCUACGACCAGAUGCAGCCCUUCUGGCGCUACUGGAUGUACUACCUCGACCCGUUCACGUAUCUCGUUGGUGGCCUGUUGACCGAAGUCCUCUGGGAUGUACCUGUCAAAUGCCUCGAUUCCGAGUUCACCACCUUCAGCGCACCGGACGGCCAGACGUGCGGCCAGUACAUGGCGGACUUUUUGGCGAGUAAUGCGGGCUACCUGCGUGAUGCGGAUGCGACGGGGAUGUACGGGGAUUACGGCGCUGUUCUGCAUUACGUCGUAUAUGGCUGUGUUUGUGAUGAUGAAGUUGCGCUCGAAGAAGACCAAGGAGGCGCGGUCGGAGUGAUGGGUAAUACCUCCUCGGUCGCUGCUGCUCGACGGGCGCAAUGCUCGACUUUCUGA